GCAGGAGAUUUGGAUUGACACCCUCAGGCAAGGCUGCAAAGCAAAGGGAAGUGUCAUAAGAAGUUCCAAGAGGAGAGAAAGAGACCCCUGCUGGAUUGAUGCAGGUUGGAAGGGAGGAGGCUGUAGUCAAAGAAAGAUGUGAAUGUACUGUGCCAAGGAAAGCUUUUAGAGCCAGAAAAAAGGGGAGGGGACUCAUGAGAGAAAGCUAAGGAUAAGGGGAGGUACAGAGGAGAAAAAGAGGUGUGGACCCAGCCUGGCAACCUGAAGGCUGCUUUCUGCCAGUCUGCAUUUGUCUAUUGUUAUUUGCAAAGGUGGUUCAGAAGUUCGGGAUCGCCUUAUAUUCACUCACUUAGGAGAAGAAAAGGAGUAAGGAGAGACAUGACAAGAUGACAAGAGCCUCUUAGCCCCCCAGAAAGCAUAGGGACAGAGAGGAGCAGAGGAGGAUCAGUGGGCAAAGGAUGAGCUUAGCUGUAGAGAGAAAAUGUGAAGCCUGAAGAAUCAACUCACUGCUUAUGGAAGGAUGAUGCUCCUCCAAGUAUUCCUGCUGCAGCACUUGCUCCCCUGCUUUGGACCUGUGAAGGCUUUCUUAGGAGCUCAGUACAGUCAGAAUCAUUUGCAGAAUGCAGCAUCCAGCUCAUGUGAGGUGGAGAACCUUGGAUAUUAUAAUGGGUCACUGGAUGUGACAGUCUCUGGAUCAGCAUGCUUGAACUGGUCAGAUUUCCCUGAUUACAUUCUGCAGUAUCCAAACCGUGGAUUAGGAAAUCACAAUUUCUGCAGGAAUCCAGAUGGCGCGGCAGUACCUUGGUGCUUUUACCAACUUUCUUCUGGAGCAGUUGGCUGGGCUCACUGUGACUGUCGGCACGGUGCUGUGCAGCUGAAGGAGGAUGGCCAGGUGGAGCUACAUUUCAGUGGGAUGUGGGGCAGUAUUUGCGGAGACCACUGGACAGACCAGGAUGCCACUGUGGUCUGCAAGCAGCUGGGACUCAGUGCAAUUGGCACCGCCCAAAGGAAGAGCCAUUCGGGUCUGGGGCCUGUCCAUCUGCAAUCUGUCAACUGUCGUGGGGAUGAGAAGAUGCUGUUGAAGUGCAGCUACCAAAAGAUGCACAGAACCUGCAUUCAGGGAAUUGCAGUGGCAAACUGUGUCCCGCCUCCAGGUAUAGGGUUUCCACUUCGUCUAGUAGCCGGUGAAAAGAGCUUUGAGGGUCGAGUCGAAGUCUACCACCGAGGCCACUGGGGCACCAUCUGUGAUGACCACUGGGAUGACAAGGAUGCUGAGGUGGUUUGCAGGCAGCUGGGCUUCAGAGGAAUCCCAAAAGCUGUCUCCUGGGCUUACUUUGGGCAGGGCUUUGGCCCCAUCCUUCUGGACGAAGUGGAGUGUUCGGGCAAUGAGUUGUCACUUGAACAGUGCAAGAAAAGUGGAUGGGGAGACCAUAACUGUGACCACAUUGAAGAUGCAGGGGUAAUCUGUGACCCAUUUGCAGAAGGUAGCAUCCGGCUGUCAGGAGGCCACAGCCCAAAUGAAGGAAGGGUGGAAGUCUACCACAAUGGAGGCUGGGGAUGUGUAUGUGAUGAUGGCUGGACUGGUAUCAAUGCUCAGGUGGCUUGCAGACAGCUGGGCUUUAGUGGACCUGCCAGGCUAGCGUCAGAGGGGGAAUUUGCUUCGGGUAAAGGCUUCAUCUUACUGGAUGAUGUGGCUUGCAUGGGCACUGAGCAGUCUCUGUUCGACUGUCCGCAUAGCAACUGGGGCCAGCAUGACUGCUCACACGAAGAAGAUGUAGGAGUCCACUGUUCUCUAGAGAGCAACAGCAUCACCAUAGAGGCUGCAGAACUCCCUCUGCGGCUGGUGGAUGGGGAACGCACCAAAGAAGGGCGCAUAGAGAUUCUCCUGAAUGGCCAGUGGGGCGGCAUCUGUGGGGAUGGCUGGACCGAUAGAGAUGCAGCUGUGGCUUGCAGGCAGCUGGGUUACAGUGGAGUGGCAAAAGCCAAAACCAUGGCUUAUUUGGGUAAAGAGCAUGUGCCUAUCCAUCUAGACAGUGUGGGAUGCAGUGGCACAGAGCAUGCCUUGGGGGAAUGCAUCUUCCGUGAAAAUGGCAUUCACAACUGCUGGCACAGCAACAACGCUGGAGUGAUCUGUGACUAUGUGGCAAAGGAAACCCACCUGGCAAGAAAUUCAGGUUCAAUGCUUGAAAUAUGUGGACUGCGCUCAAUUCACCACCGCAAUAAAAGGAUAAUUGGUGGAAUCAAAUCUUUCAGAGGAGGCUGGCCAUGGCAGGUCUCAUUACGUCUAAAGGGAUUUCACAGAGAUGCACGUUUGCUUUGUGGAGCAACACUUAUCAGCAACUGCUGGGUGGUGACUGCAGCUCAUUGCUUCAAAAGGUUUGGUGUAGAUGUGCGGCGCUACCUUCUUCGUGUGGGAGACUACCAUACUGGUAUGAGAGAUGAAUUUGAGAGAGAGUUGCCUGUGGAGAAGAUUGUCCUUCAUAGGAAUUACCAGUCCAGCAGCAAUGACAAUGAUAUUGCCCUUGUCAGAAUUCAGGGCAAAGAGGAGAAGUGUCUUUCCUUCAGUCACCACGUCCGUCCUGUCUGCCUGCCCAGCAGGAAGGAGAAGUCUGCUAUAGACAGGCAGGCAUGCUUCAUAUCUGGCUGGGGAGACACAGGGAGAUCAUAUUCAAGGACAUUACUCCAGGGCUCAGUACCCCUUCUCCCAAGAGAAGUGUGCAAGUCCCGCUAUGGGAAGAAAUUUAGCAAUCGAAUGCUUUGUGCUGGAAACCUCUCUGAAGGAAACCGUGUGGACAGUUGUCAGGGAGACAGCGGGGGACCGCUGAUGUGUCAAAGGUCAAACGGACACUGGGUAAUUCUAGGGAUCACUUCCUGGGGGUAUGGAUGUGGGCGAAAAGAUUCCCCUGGCGUUUACACAAAAGUCAGCAAAUUCGUACCUUGGAUCAAGAAGGUGACAAAGCUGAUAUGAGAAUUUUAACCCAAACAU